AUGUCAACUUUGAAUAAGCAUACUUCUCUAGAGUUAGAAGAUAAAGAGGCGAUUAUACAAUGCAAGAAACAAAAACUUGAUAAAAUUUCCGUAGAUAAUAAUAGUAUUUCAAAUUUAGAAAAUCCGAUAGAAACUUUGGACAAUACACAAGGAGGAGAACAGGGUUUUAAUAACAAUUACACUGUUACAGAUAAAAAUGGAGAUGAUGAAAUAAAAGAAAAAUUACUAGAUAUAUUAAAUCUCAAUUAUACGGAUCCAGAAUUUAUUAGAAGAUUUUGUUUUGCAUUUAAAAAAAACCAGGAAUUUACUGAUGAAACUUCACAUGCAGUGGUUUAUAAUUCCCCGUUUACUGCCGCAAUUUUACCAAAUAUUUUUGAUGAUGAAUUUCUUUCUCAUGUCAAAGAUGAAAUUAGAAAUUUAGAUUUUAAUCAUAAAUCUAAUGAUCUCUAUGAAUUUCAUCAAAGUUCGGAUUUAAGAAUUUGUGAUAAACCUUACCUUUCGAGAUUACGUGAUGCCAUUUAUUCCGAUAUUUUCGUUCGAACCAUGUCUGAUUUAGUAGGAAUUGAUUUAGAUUAUACCCCUGAUCUAUCUGCUCAUAAGUAUGAAAAAGGAAAUUAUCUUUUAUGUCAUGAUGAUGAUAUUAAAGAUGAUGAUUGUAUGCAUGGGAGAAGGAUAGCUUUUAUUAUUUAUUUUGUUGAUAAAGAUUGGUCGAAAGAAGAUGGUGGAGCCUUGGAAUUAUUUAAUACAAAUUCUCAAGGACAUCCAGAUGAAGUAACCCUUUCUAUUAUACCAAAAUGGAAUCAAAUGGCUUUCUUUGUACUUAGUCCUACUUCUUUUCAUCAAGUAUCUGAAGUUUUAUCUUCAACGAAAGUUCGUUAUUCAAUUUCUGGAUGGUUUCAUGGACCUUUAAACACUAGAUUAUCACGUACGGAUUUCUUAUCACCUACCCCAGAAGAUUUUAAUUUAAGUGAUAUUAUAAGUCCUGUUUAUUUGAAUGAAAGCAAUAAGCAAAGAAUAUUAGAUAGUCUACAUAAAAGUUCUUAUGUUCUUUUGCCAGACUUUUUGCGGGAUGAUGUUUUUGAAAAAUUAAUGAAAAGUAUAAAAGAAACUGGAUGGGAGGAAAAACCAACAGGUCCGGCUUUUAUUAGAAGAUAUCAUCUUCUUAAAGAUUCGGAAAUCGUUGAUUUUAAAGAUUUUGAAAACAUUGAGAUCAAAGAUUAUAGAAAAUCUCUAAUAGAUUUUUGUAAAUAUGUUUAUGAAUUCUUUAGGUCAAAACCUUUUGCUGUUUACCUUAAUGAAAUUUCAAAUUGGCAAGUUGCAGGUAUUGCAUCAGAAUUUCGACAAUUUCAACCCGGUGAUUAUACUUUAAUUCAUGAUCAAGCUCAAGAUAGAGCUGGAGUAGAUGUUACAUUAUUUUGUAUUGAAGGAGAAUGGGAUAAAAAUUGGGAAGGUGGUACUCAUUAUGUUGCUGAGGAGCAGGAAUUGUUGGCUAUUCAUCCACAGAGAAAUACGUUAAGCAUUACAAUAAGGACGGCUGCGGAACAAAACUUAAUUUUUCAUGAAGUUUAUGAGGAUGAUGCUAUUGAAGGUUCUAAUUCUAAAAUGUGA